UUUCUCCAAAAAAAAAAAAAAAAAAAAAAGGAAUAUUAAAAUCCUGUGGCUCUAUAGGGCAACAACACAUUGAUAUAAGCGCGUAGUCACAUAUGUUGAACAUGCAUCUCCACACUCUACACCUGUUGUAUAAGUUGUGCAAAAACAGACAUGCAAAGCAGUGUAUAAACUAGGCAUGCAAUUGCAAGAUGAAACCCAAACCCAAACACAUCAUCACCUUUUUCAUCCUCUCCAUUCCUUGUCUCUUCCUCCUCCUCAAUGUCUUCAUCUCCCCCAAAACCACCCCGGGCCUCAAGAUCCGACCCGGAUACACCUCCUACGACGCCUACAUCCAGCGCCAGCUCAACAAAACCCUAAACCCCAAACUCCGCAAGAUAUGGACCACCCGUGACUGGGAGCGCAAGAUCCGAGUGUUCGCCGCCUUCUUCGAGGAUCUGAAGCGCAGCGGCCUCCUCUCCAACUCCUCGAGGGCGCUCUGCGUCGGGGCCAGAAUGGGGCAGGAGGUGGAGGCUCUCAGGCGGGUCGGGGUGUCCGACUCCGUGGGUCUGGAUCUCGUGCCGUCUCCGCCGCUGGUGGUGCGCGGGGAUUUCCACCGGCAGCCCUUCCGCGACGCCACAUUCGACUUCGAGUUUUCGAACGUGUUUGAUCACGCGCUCUAUCCGGACAAGUUCGUCGGGGAGAUCCAACGGACGCUGAGGCCCGGAGGGGUUUGCGUGCUCCACGUGGCGCUUUCUCGACGCUCCGAUAAGUACUCCGCCAACGACUUGUUUAGCGUUGACCCGCUCAAGAACCUGUUUAACAGAUCCCAUUUCCUUCGUCUUCGCGCCGUUGACGGCUUCGGCUUGGACACUGAGCUUGUUUUUCGAAAAAACCGUUAAUCAAUUUCCUAAAUUCCUAUAGCUUCUUUUCACCUACACUGUUAAAGUUUUAUUUAAUUCUUCAUUCUUUUUUCCUUGUCUGUCCAAACUUGUGUAGUAGCAAAGCCUAUCAGGUAAUUUACUAGUAUUCCUCAAUUAAACUCCAAUUACAACUAA